AUGUCGAAACCAGCAGAGCAAGGUCAACAAACGCUUGCCANNGUCGACCUCGGAUCCCUCUCAGUACAACAACUCUCCCAAGUCAAGAAACAGCUCGAUGAAGAGACGCAACACCUGACAAACUCCUACGCCCAACUGCGCGCCGCCCAGCAAAAGUUCCGCGACUGCAUUGCCUCGAUCGUCACCGGUGUCGCAAACUCGGUCGCCGACAAGCCGCUGCUGGUCCCCUUGACUUCUUCCCUCUACGUCCCUGGCACACUAGCAAGCACCGAGACCGUUCUGGUAGACGUCGGAACCGGGUUCUACGUCGAAAAGACCACCGAGCAGGCAAAGAAGUUUUACGAGGCAAAGGCGGAAGAGCUGGGAAAGAAUGUCAAGGAUCUCGAGACCAUUGUGCAGGGCAAGAAUCAGAACUUGAGAUUGAUUGAAGAAGUCAUGCGUCAAAAAGUCCUCGCGAGCAACCAGGCUCAAGGAAGCGCUUCCGCCUCGUCG